AUGAACGGGAACCACUCGAAUAGAAGCCGCUCUAAUGGGAAUCGCUCCAACAGGAACAGCUUAAAUGGGAACUCCUCGAAUGAGAACAUCUCGAAUGGGAACCAGCCAUCCGGAGACAUCUCGAAUGGGAAUGACUUAUAUGAAAACAUCUUGAAUGGGGACCACUCAUAUGGAAGCAUCUCGAAUGGGAAUGACUUAUAUGGAAACCUCUUGAAUGGAAACCUCUCGAAUGGAAACCUCUCGAAUGGAUACAUCUCGGAUGGAAACCUCUCGAUUGGGGACCACUUGUAUGGAAACAACUUGAAUGGACCGUCGCAUAGCUCAGCGCCCCAAAUUGAUUGGAAAAAUUUAUUUCAGAUCAAAAAACAUUGGCUGGAGAGAUGUCAAGCUGAAUUGCAAGAUUCACAGUUAAAAUGCUUGCAAGUCCAAGAGCAAUUUCGAGAAUUACAGGAAAGCUACAAGGAACUCCGAGUGGCAUGGCAAAAUUUGUGGACAGGGCAAGAAAAAGAUUUGCAGCUCCGGGCGGAGACUGGAAGAGCUUUUCAAGUAUUUCAAACUGCGUACGAAGAAGAAAGAAAACAACGACUGCCAACUGAACUAGCACGGCAAUCAUUUCACGGCAAGUUACAGAGAGGUUUGCAGUUGGGGAAUGGAACGGCACAAAAUACAGCGCGAGAUUCGAACCUUUUCAAUUUCCAUAUUGGUCGCGACCCCUUCGAAAAUUUAACACAGCUCGCGAUGCCGGACCAAUCUCCGCCUUUAAAAUCUACGCUCAACCCAGUAGCACCUGUGUUUUCGGCGCCUCGUGAUGAUACUCGUGCUCAUUCUGCUGACUCGGCGUAUUAUUGUCCUUCAUCACAGAAGGCUAAGAAUGAAAAUGAGCCUGGGAUGUUCAAUGAUUCAGGUACCGCGAACAGCAGCAAUGCCAGUCCAAUAUCCACACCAUCCAGACCACCGAAUCCGAGUCAAACACUAUCCAGAAUUCCACGCAUGCGAUCCGAAUUUCCUCGCCUCCAUCAUUCAGACUCUUACCUGACUGACAUGCGAGCCGGCAGAGCUUCUACUCCAGAAUAA